UUUUUUUUUUUGUUUUUUUUUGGUUUAUUUUCUAUAAUGGACCUUCAGCAGAACAUUACAUUACCUCAAGAAGAACAAAAACUAGUUUGUGAAUGGAAUAAUUGCAAUAAAGUGUUUCCCGAUCAUCCUUCUUUAGCUUCUCAUCUUUCUGAAGAUCACGUAGGAUGGAAGAAAGGUGAUUACUAUUGUGACUGGAAAAACUGUGCAAGACAGGGUGCUAAAUGUCAUAAUCGAUUUGCAUUAAUGAUGCAUUUAAGAAUUCAUACAGGUGAAAAGCCAUAUGAAUGUAAUUUUGCUAAUUGCGGUCAAACAUUUGGUAGAAUGGAUGCUUUAGCAAGACACAAAAAAGCAGAGCAUGGAGAAAAUCUUUCUUCGCCUUCAAAGACAAAACAUCAUUCUUUGUCACCUCUUUUGAAUCCAACAAAUAAAAGAUCAUCACCCAAUAAAAAACUAACAUUAUCGCCAAGCAUCAGUAAAAUAAAAAUAAUUACAAGCGAAAAUAUGGAGUUAUCUUCCGAUAAUAACGACUCUGAUGAUUCUUUCCAAGUUACAUUAGAAUCUCGUAGUACAAAAAUAGUACCUGGCUCAGAUUAUGCAAAAUAUCGUUUAGCUAAAGCUCAAUUACGAUAUCUUUUAAGGGAAAAUGAAAUGCUUCAAGAUGAAUAUGAAUCAACACAAAAGAAAUUAAAAAGAAUGAAAACGGAAAGAAGAGUUUUACUGGAUGCUCUUAUGGCCGCUGAAAAACAAGAGGAUGAAAUAACUGAAGUUAUUUAAAUAAUCUAUCAAUAAUAAAAAAAAAAAAAAAAAUGUAAGGGGAAGGGGAAUAUGUAUACAUAUAUAUAAAAAUUAUGCGUGAAUUUGGAUAUCUUUUCGAUAGUCUUGAUAAGAAGGUGGAGGUGGUAUUGGACCUUCUGGUUCAAAUGGAGGAGGAGGUUGAGGGUUAUUUCUUAUUGUAGGCAUGAGUAUACAUACUUCUUGCCUAUUAUUUGAUUGUGGAUAAACUACUUCUGAAGAUGUAGUAGAAGAAUUACGAGACGCUAUUCGACGUCGUCUUAUCGCUAAAAAGAAUGCUAUUAAUAAUAAAAAGACACAUAAUAGCCAUAAAGCAUUAAAUUCUAUUGUCGACGCCAUAGUAAAUAAAU